AUGGAUCGACGAGCUCCAGAUUAUAUCAUCGAUCCAGACGGUGAAGUGAUCAUAAUAUUACGCAAUGCAGACUCUCCUUUCGCACAACCGCCUGAAGAGACUAUCACUGGCAUGACCCCUCCAGAGCCCGGCCAUUGUACUCAGAGUCCUGCAGAAGUGAUCGAAUCGCCACAAACCAAUUCAGAGACUUCGAGGAACAAGAGAAGAAAAAAAGGAUUGAGCGCCACUCCACCAUCCCCCGAACCAGAACCGAUCAAAGACCCUCCUCCUGAAGACCCUGCUGUCAAAGAGAAAAUCGAUGAACCGCUUGUCGAGAAUUGUUUCUACAUCCAAGUAUCCGCGAAGCAUUUGAUGUUCGCAUCCUGCGUGUUCAAAAGCGUACUCACCAGUGGUUGGAAGGAAAGCGUUGAGUUUCAGCAGAAGGGCUCAAUUGAACUUACUGCAGAGAGCUGGGGCAUCGAAGAGUUCCUGAUUGUACUCCGUGCUAUUCAUGGGAAGUACUACCACAUACCGCGAAAGUUGACCCUCGAGAUGCUCGCCAAAGUUGCAGUCAUAGCGGAUUACUAUGAAUGCAAGGAAGCUCUGCUUGUCAUGACAGAUACCUGGAUCAACAAACUGGAGGAAAAGAUUCCCACAACGGAUAACCGGGAUUUGAUGUUGUGGUUAUGGGUUUCCUGGUUCUUCCAGCUUCCUUCCCAGUUCAAACAGACAACAUCGACGGCUAUGUCAUGCAGUGGAAAUCGGAUCAAUGCUUGGGGGCUCCCGAUCCCCGAAAAGGUCAUGGGUAAGGUCAGACAAAUCCUGAAGCUGCGAUCAAUGAGCAAAACGAGAGAGGGGGCUAUCAACAAAUUGAUUCUCCGUCUUCAAAGAACACGCGAGGCCUUCCUGAGCGGCAAAUAUGGAUGUGGCUUUGAGUGCAGAUCAAUCAUGUACGGAGCUCUUACCAUGCGAAUGCAGUCAAGUCAUCUACUUUCCCCGGAUCCUGCGGCUCCUUUUCCGAAUUUGAUUUACAAAGAUGUCACGCAGAAGGUAUUGUCUUCUUGGUCACCAAAAUGGUCAAGUUUGACUGUAUCGUCAUAUCCGGUGUAUGGGGAUGCCACCCGUCACGUUUGUUCUUGGUCAUCCUUCACAUCCCUAUUCGCGGACUUGAAUGGCUGUAUUGAAGGCUUGGACCUACAUAGUCUUGCUUUCUCGUGA